GGAAAUCUAUCGCACUCGCCACUUCUUUCCAUUUGCGCCUUUUACAUUCUACCAAACCCUGUAAGACUCUGUAAAUGGUGGUCCUAUGGUUUGGGUUAAGGUUUGGCUUGGGGCUCGGUAUUGUGAGCAAUUGGUGCUUUCUGAUAACCUACUCGACAUUGUAUUUUUUGAUCCAUAAGAACAUUUCUUUAAAAUAUUCCGACCCAUUUGCUUAAUCUGCUUUCUUCUCUGAGUUAAAUUUGUUUGGAGUCGCUGUGGAUUACUGCGUGAUCAUAGUAAUCUAAGUCUGUGUGGUGGGUGGGGCUCAAUUGGGGGGCUUCGCAGGUUCAAGCUUGCGCCCAACAGAUUUCAACAUAGAAAACAUUAAGAUGGGUGCUUUUUGCUGCUGUCCAUGUGAUGGAGAACUGGAAGAAUAUGCUCUUCCAAGCAAUUCGAUAUAUAGGCACUGCUUAUGCCUGAGAUACUAUUUCCACCAGCUAUUUAGUGGGUAUGGUGCAAUGUUUCAUAGGCUUGAAGGAAGGUCAACAUCUUCACCAAUCCAAGGAGCUUCUUUUACAUCAUCAGGGAUCAGCACCGCUUUACCUGAUAAUACAUCAAAUGAUAUUCAUCUCUCUGUGUCCAGACCAGUGGCUUCUGAUUCUGAUCAGAGGUACUCUCGUCUGCAACGUGAUGGCUUGGUCUCUAGGCGUGAUAAGUCAAUGACGCAUUUCCAAGAAGAUUCUCAACCACUGAGGAGAAAUAUGAGCAGUUCUGGCACAGAGUCGUUGGGCUUUGGGAAGAAAAGAAAUGGAGUUGAACCUGAAGAAGAUGGUAAACUUGGCCAUUCUGAGUCCUCAGAGAAGGCUUUGACAGCUAAAGUUGCAUAUGGACUAGCUUAUAUGCAACCAUCUUCCGAAGAUGAAGAUGUCUGUCCUACAUGUCUCGACGAAUAUACUCCAGAAGAUCCUAAAAUAACGACACAAUGUUCUCAUCAUUUUCACCUUGGUUGCAUUUAUGAAUGGCUGGAAAGAAGUGAAAGUUGUCCAAUCUGUGGCAAGGAGAUGGAGUUCUGUGAAAGCCCGUAAGUUUGUGGGUCUGGUUUCAAAGCAAUAGAGCAAAUAUACAUAGAGCGGCCAUGAGCAUCUGUAAAUAAAAGUUCCCUCAUCUUGUUUAAAGCAAGUUUGCACAGGAGAAAUCCGUUGUUUGUAUAUCACAUACAUAAAUCUUAAUCUUCUAUUACGUUUUGAUUCUUAAA